AUGGCGCAGGACACCAACCUCCCAUACAACAUAAGCGUAUUCGUAUCAACCCUUUUCGUCCUCGAGUUCGCCACCGACAAAUUCAUCUCCCACACCGCCAAACUAGCGUCCCUCAUAGGCGUGUCCGAAGGCCUCAUCGCGUUGGUGACCGCCGGCGCAGAAUGGGAAGAGCUCGCCGUGGUGGUGUCCGCCCUCGGUCAGGGCCGAUCCUCGCUUGCCAUGGGAAAUGUGAUCGGGGCAGCGAUAUCCAAUAUCCUCGGCGCUUUUUCCCUGGGCCUACUUUGCUCGAGGGGCAUUGAGUUUGAUCGGAGUUCGAGGAUCUACUCGCUACUGACUCUGGUGGUCACCACGCUUGUUGUUCCGGUGGUUUACUUGCCCCAUAGGCUUGUCUGGAUAGUUUGUGGCGGCGUCUUGAUCGUCGCGUUCAUUGUGUACUUUGCUUCAAUUGGUGUGGCAAUUAUCAAAGGCGCGUUGAUAGCCCCAGAAGGCUCAGACUCGGAUUCAGACUCGGAGUUUGAUGACGAUGAAGAUGCGGAACGAGAGGCUCUUCUGAGCAACGGUACCUCAAGGCCUACUCGACGUCCAAUCACCCACCAUUCCGUCCAACUCGUUAUUGGCGUCGCGGCACUGUCUUUAUCAGCUUACAUUCUGUCACACUCUGCGGUGAAUAUAACCACUCAAUUGAACAUAUCUGACAUUUCAUUCGGCAUCGUCAUUCUCUCUAUAGCCACUACUCUGCCCGAGAAGCUUAUUUCCAUUGUGAGCGGGUACAGAGGACAUACGGGGAUCUUAGUUGCCAAUUGCGCUGGGAGCAAUAUAUUUUUGCUGUCCUUGUGCUGUGGCAUAGUAUUGGUGACUUCAAAGGGAGAGCUGGAUAGGGGAGAUGUGACGAUGUGGGAAUUGAUGGUUCUGUGGGUAUCUACACUGGCGUUUACAUUGACAGUGUGGUUUGGAGCCCGUGGAGGGAAAGCCAUCGGAGUGGUUAUGCUCAUGGCAUAUGUUGCGUUUAUAGUAUUGGAGUUUACAGUCUUUCAUGGCGUAGAUGUGUAG